ACGGCGGCGGCGGCGGGCGGGGACACGGCCACGGCGUCGCCCUCGUCGCCCUCGCCGGUGUCGCCGGCCUCCUCCUCGCCGGCCUCGCCGGCGUCGCCGUCGCUGCGCUGCGGGCUGUGCGGGCGCGGCUUCGGCUCGGCGGCCGCGCUGGCCUUCCACGCCAAGCUGCACCGCGGGCGCCGCGGCCUGGCCUGCCGGCACUGCGGCAAGAGCUUCAUCCACGUCAAGCGCCUGCAGACGCACGAGGUCGGCUGCCGCGACGGGGACUCGGCCGCCGCCGAUGCCGCCGUCACCGCCGCCACCGCCACCACGAUAACGACGACCACCACCACCGGCGUCACCGGCGUCGCCGGCGGCGCCACGUCGGCGGCGCCCAAGGCGGGCAAGAAGGCGCUGCUGCUGCGGCACCGGGCGCUGCUGGAGCCGGGCCCGGAGCAGGAGCCGGUGGUGAAGGUGGUGGACGGGCAGGUGCUGUACCUGUGCGGGGUGUGCCACCGCUCCUACAUGACGCUGUCCAGCCUGAAGCGCCACGCCAACGUCCACUCGUGGCGCCGCAAGUACCCGUGCCGCUACUGCGACAAGGUGUUCGCGCUGGCCGAGUACCGCACCAAGCACGAGGUGUGGCACACGGGCGAGCGCCGCUACCAGUGCAUCUUCUGCUGGGACACCUUCGUCACCUACUACAACCUCAAGACGCACCAAAAAGCCUUCCACGGCAUCAGCCCGGGGCUCAUCGCCUCCGAGAAGACGCCCAACGGCGGCUACCGGCCCAAGCUCAACGCGCUCAAGCUCUACCGGCUGCUGCCCAUGCGGGCGCACAAGCGGCCCUACAAGACCUACAGCCAGGGCGCGGUGACGGACGGGGGCGGGGGGGUCCUGCUGCCGCCCCCCGCCGC